AUUUUACAUUUCCACCGGCGGUAUAGGAGUUCCAUUUUCUCCAUAUCUUCAGCAACAGUUGGUAUUGUCAGGCUUUUAAAUUCUGACUAGGACCUUCAGUUAACAGAGUGCGGCGCCUGCAGCAGAGUGAGGCCAAGCACUCCUCCUGGCUCCCACAGCCAGACCUUCUUGCUGGCCUCCAGGCCGCGGCCCCUCCCCGCUCGCGGGCCCCAGAACUCGGCAGCUCCUGGCGCGGCUGGACGCGCGCCCCCUGGCGGCGCGAGCUGCGGUCGACGUGGCAGCGCUGGUACGCAGGGCAGGCGCCACAUUGCGCCUGCGCCGGAAGGAGGCUGUUAGCGUGCUGGACUCUGCGGACAUAGAGGUCACAGACAGUCGCCUGCCUCAUGCCACUAUUGUGGAUCACCGGCCCCAGGUACCAUUUCAUCCUUCUAUUGGAGGCCACCUGCCUCAGGGCAAACUAUGUACACCUGUGUCCUUUAUUCCAGCACCGUUGGUUAGAGACAUGUAACGCGCCUCCCCAAGUGAUCCAGGGUAAGGCACUUAGUGCUCCGAAGCCAUCCCAGGCCUCUGGUCAUUUCUCUGUGGAGCUGGUCCGCGGUUACGCAGGCUUUGGCCUCACCUUAGGUGGGGGCCGGGAUGUAGCUGGGGACACUCCGCUGGCCGUGCGCGGGCUGCUGAAGGAUGGCCCAGCACAGCGCAGUGGUCGUUUGGAGGUAGGGGACCUCGUGCUCCACAUCAACGGAGAGUCAACGCAGGGCCUCACCCAUGCCCAGGCCGUGGAGCGGAUCCGAGCUGGAGGCCCCCAGCUCCACCUGGUUAUUCGUCGGCCUCUGGAGACCCACCCUGGCAAGACUCGAGGGGUGGGAGAGCCCCAAAAAGGAGUUGAUCGCAGCCCAGAUCCUGGAGGGCCGGAGGUAACGGGGUCUCGCAGCAGCAGCACUUCCCUAGUUCAGCAUCCUCCAUCCCGGACGACGCUCAAGAAGACCCGGGGCAGCCCGGAGCCUAGUCCAGAGGCGGCCGCCGAUGGCCCCACGGUUUCUCCUCCUGAGCGCCGCGCUGAGGAUCCCAAUGACCAGAUCCCGGGUUCCCCGGGGCCCUGGCUAGUGCCCAGCGAGGAACGGCUGUCGCGGGCCCUAGGGGUCCGGGGGUCAGCGCAGCUCGCUCAGGAGAUGGCAGCCGGAAGGCGGAGGCACUGAGCCUACCUCUGACAGCGCGGGGCUCACUAGUUACCGCCCAACCUGGAUCCGGCGCGUGUGGCCGCCGGGCGCUUGGCACCUCCCCGAGAGCUUCCACUUGGUUUGGUCCCCUCAACCGCUGCGCAGUGGCUCUACCCACACUCCCCUCGCAGCGUCAGUGGUACGACCCUUCCAGCCGGCUAGCCUGCGCUUCUGGUUCUGGGAGGGGGAGGUAAUAAAAUGGUUCGAUCCAGUCUUGACUUGCCAGGCGCUCGAGGCGGGGUGGGGCUGCCCAGGCCACUCUGUAAAGGAGCAGGUGGGUCAAUCCUGCUUCGAGUAAUCGCUGACGAACUUCGUGCUGCUGCUUUCCUGCUUGCACAUGUAUCUUUGCUUUUGCCGGUCCACAGCCCGGCGUGCUUUCUUUUUCUCUUCGCUGUCUCCUGCUCCUCUCCUUAUUCAUUAAUUUCACCUUUUUGGAGGUGUACAGGGUCUCACACAUAAAUUAUUGUGCAUGGCAUGGAGAAUGCAGAGGUGAGCCUGUCGUGGCGGGACUGCACCAGUGUAUCUACAGUCCUGUCUCGGAAUCAUACAGACCCUCAGCUGACGUCGGGAUAGCAAGGCUAGAAGCCUAGAAGCAGGGCAGCUUCCUUCGCCAGAGGCCUGCGGUCUCCCACUUCCGGCCUAGUCUGCCAGCUUUUGCUGGCACGUAGGCUACCACUCUCCGGUCACCGGCUGGGGCCCUGGAGCCCCCUUUGGGGCGGAGUGGGGAAGGUGUGAGUCACCGCCCCUGGACGGGCCGGGCUAAAAAAGGCUGUUAGAACCUUUGGGCCGUGCCCCCAUUUUCCGUACAUGGUGAAGAACUGCAGCUGGGCUUGUGUGCACACGCCACACACUGGGCGUUCCCGGCACGAGAGAGGCCCAGAGUUUUCUUCACCCUGGGAACAGAGCCCCACAGCCAGGGCUUAUAUGGCCAGCGGGACUCCAACCGGGGUAGCCGUGAGGAAGGCGCUGGCAGAGGACAGAAAUGUCCAGUCACCUCCGCUGUCACCACAUCCUGAGCACUCGGCCCCAUCCCCCCCUCCAGGAGGGAAGCUGUGGUCUGACGGAAUGGGCAACUUUCGCCCCUGUGGGGAGGGGCGAAAAAUAAUUUAAAGGACCCGAGUGCGAGAGUCCAGGUGGCCCUGGAGAGGAAAGAAGAACGGUGAAGACAAGCUGCAAGAGCUGGGAGCUGGAGGGUAAAGAGGUGAACACUUGAGUGGUUAGAGCUGUAGAUAGACAUUGUGGGGAAGUGUGCCAGGGUGGCUUCCAGCUACCCCUGACUUAGAGCCUGGUGGAGGCGUGGUUCUUCAGAAGUCAGCAAAGGGCUCAAGAGCCCCAGUCCUAUAAAUACAGUCACACCCAGGAGACUAAUAAUAGUAACCCCAGCCACCAUGUACUUAGUUUUAUGCCUGCUACUGGCUUUAUUGCAAUAUUUAUUUUCAUCUACAAUAGUUGCACAUCUACUCAACUAUCCGAAUAUGUCCAUUUCGCAGAGGAGGAAAGUGAGGCCCAGGGAGUGCAGAUAGCUAGAGAGAGGAGGGUCAAAGCAAGAUUUAAUCAAGGCCUGAUUCCCAAGUCUGUCCUCUUAAUUUCACCUGCAUUGGCAAGUAUUAAUUGAACCCCAGCUGUAUACAUUGCACUGUGCUAGGUACUGUGGAGAUGCUGGAGGAACAACACAUAAAAUUUCUGUCUUUGUGUAGCUGAUGUAUGUAACGAGGGUAGACAGAUGUCAGACAAAAAAGACAAGAAAAUGAAUAAAUAAAAAACCAGGCCAGGCAUGGUGGCUCAUGCCUGUAAUCCCAA